AUGUCGUUCAGUUUACUGUCAUACUUUACACUUGGCCUGCUUCUCGCGCUGGGCGCCACCACCGCCUCCACUGACGUGGAUUGGUGGGAAUCCGCCACACUCUAUCACAUCUAUCCGCGCUCCUUUAUGGACAGCGACGGUGAUGGUGUGGGCGACUUGAAUGGUAUUACUUCGCGUUUGGAAUUUCUCAAGGAGCUGGGCGUCACAGCGACAUGGCUGUCGCCCAUCUUCGAAUCGCCUAUGGCGGAUAUGGGUUAUGAUGUCGCCAAUUUCACGAAAAUCGAUCCACUUUUCGGCACAAUGGAGGAUUUCGAUGCUAUGCUUGCGAAGGGGCAUAAAUUGGGUUUGAAAAUUAUUUUGGAUUUUGUGCCCAAUCAUUCGAGUGAUGAGUGUGAGUGGUUCCAGAAAUCGAUACGUCGUGAAGAUGGCUACGAUGAUUUCUAUAUCUGGCAGGAUGGUAAAAUUGAUCCAGAAACGGGCAAUCGUACAGAGCCAAACAAUUGGAGUUCCGUCUUCCAAGGCUCCGCAUGGACUUGGGUUGAGGAACGACAGCAAUAUUAUUUACACCAGUUUCUCGCCAAACAACCGGAUUUCAACUAUCGUAAUCCUGAGGUCCGUCAAACUAUGCUUGAUGUGAUGAAAUUUUGGCUGGAUCGUGGUGUGGAUGCCUUCCGUAUCGAUGCUGCGCCUUUUUUCGUUGAGAAGAUGCUCGAAGAUGGCACAUAUCCCGAUGAGCCUGAAUCUGAAGGUGGUUCUCCAGGUCAAGGGGGUCAAGGCGGUACUCAAGGUCCUGAAGACCCUGAAGGUCCUGAAGGUCAAGACGGCCCGGGAGGUCAGGGAGGAGGUCAGAGUUUGCGUACUUAUACCACCAAUCAACCUGAAAAUGCUGAAUUAAUAUAUGAGUGGCGUGCGUUUUUAGACGAAUACCAGAGUCUUCAUGGCGGUGAAACGAGAGCACAAAUUAUCGAAGCAUAUACAGAGGUUGAAUACCUAAGCGAAUACAUCACUAACGGCACUCAUAUCGGUGGCCAACUUCCAAUGAAUUUCAAUUUUGUCCGGCUGGAAAAUACGGCCACUGCCACAGAUAUUAAACAAGCCGCCGACGAGUGGAUGGAUGUUAUGUGGACCAGGCACAAGGUGGCCAAUUGGGACGCAAGUAAUCAUGAUAACAGUCGCUUGGCCACGCGCAUGGGUUCACAAAGAGUGGAUACGAUGACGAUGAUAAUGCAUUCACUACCCGGUACAUCAAUCACGUAUUAUGGCGAGGAAAUCGGUAUGCCUGACGGUCCAAUUGAUUGCCCCCGAGCCUCAGACACAUGUAAUUUCCGUGAUCCAGAACGUACACCCAUGCAAUGGGACACUUCAAAGAAUGCCGGUUUCAGCACAGGCAACUCCACAUGGCUACCCGUGAAUCCGGGUUACAAGAGUUUGAAUGUGCAGGUACAACGGGGUGUUGCACGCAGCUCACUACAAAUCACGAAGGGUAUGAUUGCAUUGAAGAAAACCGCUGCCUUCAAGGCGUUCAAAGAGGAUGGCGGUUUCUCGUAUGCUGCUGUGAGUGAGCAAGUCUUUCAGGUUGUCAGAACCGCCGUGGGUCGUGAGGAGUAUCGCGUACUGGCCAAUUUAGGCAAUCAGAUUGAGUCUUGUGAGGGACUGACUAAUAAAACUAUGGAAUAUGUGCUACUCAAUUCUUACUCACCACACAGAUACGGUGAUAAAGUUGACUUAAGCAAACGUAUUGUUUUGAUGCCCUAUGAAGGAGUUGUUCUACGAUGGUCUGCGUAAUAUAAUCUAAUCUAUACCUAAUACUUCUCUUGUCUAUUGUGGAAUUGAAAGAACCCAACUCGGCAUCGCAGCUUGCAUCUGAGUCUGUAUGGAGCUAAACAGAUUGUAACACCGCAACACAAGUUUUGUGACUUUUGUCAUUCACGGAUAGGUACAGGCAAGAUGGAAGGAUCGGUAGAGAAGUUUCCUAACCCAUUUGAUAUCGCUCUCUCUCUCUCUCUUUCUCUGUCAUCAUUAGUAAUAAUAUUUAUAGAUAUGUCUUGUUGUU